AACCCUUCCACGAACAUUCCGUGAAGAUUCAUUUUACUAUGAUGGUCAGACCUCUCUUAUUUUCCAAUCCAUGCUUGGGAAAAAGAUCAACUUUAAUCAUUCAUGACUGUUUUUCUUUUCUGUUUUGUCUUUAAAUAUACAUGUAUAUAUAACCUCUUUUAGGUUUUUAGUCCAUACUAGUUUGUUGGGGUUCUCUUAUUGCUGUGAGUUUCUUAUCCUUAAUUGACUGUACAUUAGUUUCAGUUGUUGUAUUUGUUUCUAUUACGCAAAUAUCUCUAUCUUUAUGAGUUUCUGCUAAAAUUGUUUUAUUUGCUAGAGAUUUUUUUUUAAUGUAUGUUAUAAUUUUGAGAUAGAUGGUCUUGUUUUAUGGAUACCCUUUUGGAUGAUUUUGCUGUUUCAAUGAACGGUUUUAAUUACAACCCCAAAUCAUUUUCAUUUUAUUCGAAUCAAAGUUAUGUAAGAGAUGCUAUAAAGCAUGGUGGAGUUUUACAACCUUGUGAUUAUUCAAAUGGUCUUCACCAACACCAUUCUUGUGAGUCAAGUCAGAAUUCAAGCACUUGUUCUGAGGUAGAUUCUCCAGGCUACAGUGACUCCUUUACUGCUACGCUCAAGUUCAUAAGUGAGAUGCUCAUGGAGGAAGAAGACCUGGAGCGAAAGUCCUUGACGUUGCAGGACCCUUUGGCCCUCCAAGCUGCGGAGAAGUCAUUUUAUGAUGUGCUUGGCCAGAAUUAUCCCCCAUCUUCUGAUAAAGGUGAAUAUGUAUCUUCUAAGCCCUUUCCCUCUUCUGUCAAAACUUCUUUUGAUACCCGUUUGGUUCAAGGUCCAAUUUUUGGUGGUGUUCAAUCUGUUGCCCGUUUUAGGGGAAACACUACUGGUAAACCAACAAGUUCAUUCUCUCAAAAGGGCAAAACCCAGAUGAUUGAUUUGGAUAAAGAUGGGGUCCGUUUACAAAGGGGGAAGACGAAUCAUCAGAGUGGAUACGAUGAUGUUAACAGUGAAGAAGUUAGGAGCAGCAAACAUGUCGCUGUGAAGGGUGAUGAUUUUGAGCCAACAGAAAUGUUAGAUAGAGUGUUACUCUAUCAUGGUGAAAAUGAAGAUGAAUUGGCACAGAAAUUGCAGCAGCAGCAGCAUGGUAAGCAGGGAAAAAGGUCAGGUAAAAUGAAGCGUUCGAAGAAACAAGAUAAAGACAAAGGGGAUAUGGUGGAUUUGUGGACUUUGCUUACUCAAUGCGCCCAAGCUGUAGCAAGCUAUGACCAAAGAACUGCAACAGACUUGUUCAAGCAGAUAAGGCAGCAUUCUUCUCCUGAUGGAGAUGCAACACAGAGAUUAGCUCAUUACUUUGCCAAUGGCCUUGAGGCGCGGUUGGCUGGCACUAGGGCAGUGUCGUAUUCACCCCUUGUAAGCAAUGAGAUGUCAGUGGUUGAUAUCUUGAGAGGUCACCAGCUUUACAUUACGGCCUGCCCCUUCUUGAGGAUGUCAUAUUGUUUUGCUAACCGAACGAUUAUGAACCUAGCAAAGAAUGCGAAAACCAUUCACAUCAUUGAUUUUGGUAUUCAAUAUGGUUUCCAAUGGCCUGGUCUUAUCCAACGUCUCUCACAGACACCUGGGGGGCCUCCUAAGCUUCGAAUGACUGGAAUUGAGCUUCCCCAGCCUGGUUUUCGGCCUACAGAGAGGGUUGAAGAGACAAAGCGUCGGUUAGAAAAUUACUGCAAGAGAUUUAAUGUCCCUUCUGAAUACAACAUGAUUGCUAAGAAAUGGGAAACAAUCUGCUAUGAGGAUCUCAAAAUCAACAAAGAUGAGCUUGUUGUUGUCAAUUGUUUGCACCGCUUAAAGCACAUACUAGAUGAAACAGUGGUGAUAAACAAUCCUAGAGACACUGUCCUAAAGCUGAUAAGGAGAAUUAACCCUGACAUUUUCAUCCAUGGUGUUUCUAAUGGAACAUAUAAUGCGCCUUUCUUUUUGACCCGGUUCAGAGAGGCACUAUUGCACUUUUCUUCACUGUUUGAUAUGUUUGAUUCAACAGUGCCCCGCGAAGAAAGAUUCAGGAUGGAGUUUGAGAAAGCAAUAUAUGGAAGGGAUAUAAAGAAUAUCGUAGCAUGUGAGGGCACAGAAAGGGUCGAGCGACCUGAGUCCUACAAGCAGUGGCAAGUUCGGAAUGUCAGGGCCGGCUUCAAGCAGACUCCACUUGACCAGGAAAUUUUUGAAGCAGUGAAGAAGAAAGUACAAUUGAGUUACCACAAGGACUUUAUUGUCGAACAACUUGGCGAGUGGUUGCUACAAGGAUGGAAAGGACGUCGAAUCUUCGCCAUUUCCUGCUGGAAACCUGUCUAGCAAGCUAGGAUCCUAUACACAUGUUCUUUACUGCCUAAAAAUAGGCUCUAGAUCAAAGUAGUGAUUAUCAAAAUGCUGGCUUGUUCUUUCAUGUAUGACUAUUCAAUUUAUUUAUUUUAGUGUUUGUUUUGCAAAGCUAGUUUGACAUAUUAUUCCAUGUUUGCACAAGUUAAUUGUUGUGAAAAUUCCAAUGCCGGACAAGGAAUAAUAAUGAUAAAUAAAGAUGGUUACCACAA